GAUCACCGAUCAACGGAAAGAGCCGAAGAUGUCGGCUCGGUCAUGUGAUCAGCUGUGUCCAAUCACAGCUGAUCACAUGGGACAUGGGCACUGAUCAUCAGGGCACUGAUGAUCAGUGUGCCCUGAUGAUCAGUGUGGCCCCAGAAGUGCCACCUGUCAGUGUCCAUCAGUGCCAGUUGUCAGUGCUCAUCAAUGCCACCUGCCAAUGCCCAUCAGUGCUUCAUCAAUGCUGCAUAUCAGUGCCUACCAGUGCAUAUCAAUGCCACAUAUCAGUGCCCAUCUAAGCUGCCUUUCAGUGUCACCUAUCAGUGCCAAUCAGUGCCAGUCAGUCCCGCCUAUCAGUG